AUGACGACUCGCAAUCAAGAGGUCGAAAAAUUAGCGAAGGAUAUUGCUCGUGUUGAUCAAUUUACUACCACAGGACUAACUGAAUUGAAGAAAAUGUGUUUGGAUAUUCAGAAUACAAUGGCGGAUAAGUUUGACUUCUUAGAAAGUCAAUGCCCUGUUCUAAGUGCUAAUCCUGCACAACAGUUAGUCAAUUUAGAUCUUCAAGGUGUGGGAGGACGCCUUAGCAACAACAGGAUCACAAAACUAGAGUUUCCUCGAUUUGGAGGUGAUGAUGUAGAGGGAUGGCUCUACAAAUGUGAGCAUUUCUUCAUUAGGGAUGAAACUCCUGCAAAUUAUAAGGUUAGGUAUGCUGCUUUACAUUUAGAUAGCAAAGCAUUAUUGUGGCACCUUGCUUAUGUGAAAUCUAGUGGUAAGGACAUAAGAGACAUUGACUGCGAUGUGUAUAUGAGAGCAAUUUCUGCUAGAUUUGCUCAGAAUUUGAUUGAGGAUGCUGUGGGAGCACUUAAAGCUUUAACACAGACCGGAGAGUUAGAUGAAUAUUGUGAUGAAUUUGAUUUGCUGUUAACAAAAGUCACAUUGCCAGAAGAGUACACUGUGAGCAUUUUUAUGGAAGGCCUUAAACCUAAAGUUAAAUGCAAAAUUAGGAUGUUUAAGCCCAAAACUCUGAGGGAAACUUAUUCUCUGGCUAGAAUGCAAAACAACUCAAAUAAGACACUAAGUGACAAGCCUGCAGUAGGAAUAAAUAGUGUGAGGACACCUUAUCAGCGGACCACAGCUUUGACUAGUAUAACUAAGCAACCAUUACUAGCCACACCUGUCAAUGCUGCACAAUCUAUUGCAUUGGUUUCCAAAACUGUGAAUAACAAAUUUUUGGAGGACAAAAGGGAUAGGGGAGAAUGUUUUUAUUGUCCAGGGAAAUUUGUGGCUGGUCACACUAGGGUUUGCAAAGGGAAGAGACAGUUGUUUUUGGUAAAAGUGGAUGACAAUUGGGGAGACGGAAAAUUAGAAGGAGCUGCAGAAGAGGUUGCUAUGGUAGAAAACAUGCUUAAUAAUGCUCCAGUAGUUCAGGAAAAUCCACCACUAGUGCAGGGCAAUCCUCACAUUUCAUUAAAUGCACUAAUGGGAAUUCCUUCUUACUCUACCAUGCAAGUAGUGGGAAUUAUUGGAAAUAGGAGGCUGCACAUUUUGGUAGACAGUGGAUCUACUCAUAAUUUCAUGAGUGUUGCCAUUUGUGAGAUCUUAAAAUGCUCUACAAUUAAAAUUUCAAGUGUGAGGGUCACUGUGACUGAUGGUAACAAAAUGGAGUGUAUGACUCUCUACAAGCAGUUCCAUUGGUUGAUGCGGGGCACUGAUUUCACUGUUGACAUGCUUGUAUUUGAGUUAACUAAUUAUGACAUUGUGUUGGGAGUUCAAUGGCUUGAGACAUUGAAUGACAUUGUAUGGAAUUUUAAGAAUUUGACUAUGAAAUUCAAGAUUGAAGGAACGGACUGUCAGUUGAAAGGAGUUCAGCAGCAUGGCAUAAGUUUGUGUUCUAUGGAAAAGAUAGAAAAUCUGGUGGUUCAAGCUAAAGCUAAAGGGGUGGUGCAAGCUCAAUUGUGUACAUUACAAGAUUCUGCAAUCACACAUUCCAUGACUGAACUUAUUCUUAAGGAAUGUCAAUCUGCAGAUGAAUUACAGGAAUUACUGGAUAAAUAUGCAGAUAUAUUUGAUCUGCCUCAGGGUUUACCAGCAUCAAGAUCAUGUGGUCAUAAGAUUCCGUUGAAGGAUGAGGGUAUCACCAUCAACCUUAAGCCCUAUAGAUAUCCCAAGACACAAAAAGAUGUUAUUAAGGAAAUGACUAAAGAAUUAAUGGAAAGUGGGGUUAUUCGACACAACACAAGUUGUUUUGCUGCACCAGUGAUUUUAGUCAAGAAAAAGGAUGGCAGUUGGCAAAUGUGUAUUGACUACAGACGUUUGAAUGAAGCCACCAUAAAGGAUGUGUUUCCCAUUCCCUUGGUGGAGGAUUUGUUGGAUGAAUUACAUGGUGCUACACUCUUUUCCAAACUGGACUUGAGGUCUGGCUAUCAUUAG